UACUUUAAAGUGAUAAACCGUACUAUUUAAAUACAUGGAAUAAGGGAUAUUCUAUCGAAAUUUCCACUGAAUGAUUUUGUUAAGCAGGAAACGACCUUUUACACGAUAAUAAUAAUCCCAAUGGUGAUUAAAACAUAAACCAUACAUGGUUAAAAAAGUGAAGUCAGGUUAUAAUCCCGCUUAAGGUAGCCUGCAUUUAACUUCUGGUUUUGCACAAGUUGGAUAUUAACGCCCCUUUUUGGCAUUCCGCUUUUCGCCCAUGUUAUUAUAGCGUCCGCACAUGGAGGGCGACGCCGUCCGUUGGCUUUCACGGAAGUCGCUCGUGUUUAGUUGUGCAUGGAUAGGGAGGGGUGUGUGUGUCCCUUGUUUUUCUCAGCCUGUUGGAAAGUGGUUAUCCAGCUGAAGCCGGGGAGGCAGACAGUAGCAGCGGAGCAGAUAGCCGGGAGGGGUGGACAAAUCGGGGGAUUACGAGGCUGGGGGGUUACAUAUUUUUUGUAUACUUACCAGGAUACAUCCUUAAACACAAGGAAAUAGACGCGCAGAGGGAGGGUUGGUUUACUGUGCCGUUUUUAAACACCCACCAGCAACAAAAAAACAAAAGGGGAGCAUAAAUUAGGACAGGGUUUUAUUUUUAAAAUGUGAGUUUUUUUUCUUAGCUGAUUUUGCGUUGUAAAACAGGGGGGGAUAAAUCAGUGAGACGUGGGGCGGAGAUGAGAGGACUCCGACGUGUCCCGAUCUCUCUCUCAAGCUGAAGCCCCAUCGCCACGAACUGCCUGAAGUGCUUGAAACUACUACAGAGAGAGAGAGAGAGCAAAGAGAGAGGGAGAGAGAGAGAGCGAGAGAGAGGGGAGGAGGAGCAGGAGGCAAAGGGGGAAGUCCAGGAGGAAAUGCCAGUUGCCGCAGCUGGAGAAACCCACAACCCAGGACCCCUGUGUUUAUUCUCGGCCCCCAUCCCGAAACGGGGUGAUUAAUGUGAGGGACGCGGGGGUAUCGGUCGCAGGAGCAGGCCGAUUACGGAGGCGUGAAGGGGUGGGGGGCAGGGGACUCGGGAGGCACAGAUACACCGGCAGCAGGCUCCCACCAGCGCCUGGGUCCGUCUCCGUCGCAGUCUCGUCCGAUCCCCCUCACCAUCACCCACCGCCUAUGGAUCCACCGAGGACCCGAUCGCGAUCACGGUCUGGCUUUUACCAGUACGGCGUUAACGGCAGUGGCAACCUUACCGGCGGCGGCGGCGGCAGCAUCGGUGCCGGCGGGGGCACCGGCACACACCGCCCCCGGCAGCACAGCCCCGGAUGUGUGGCACUGACGGUGCACAGCCCCGCCGAUGCACAGCGCUCCCAGGGAGGGAACCAGCCCGGUGCGCACAGAAGCCACGCUGCAGGAGGACUCAACACCGCCUUGGGCCGGUACCCUGAGAGGGUAUGCAGUGACGAGAGCGACAAGGGUGACGACAGUCCCCGGCCGAAAAGGCAGCGCCUGUCCCAGCAGUCUGGCCUGGAGCUGGUGUCGGCCCCUCCCCCCACGCCCUCACCCCCCAUGCGGCCGUGGGAGCUGCCCCCCAGCCGGCGGCCACACGUGCACCCGCAUGCGCACUACCCCAGCGAGCGCUGCAACACGCCGGCCCGUCACCCCCGCAGGUGUGUGUGUCUGUGUGUCGCUAUACCAAUGGAUGCUAACCACAUGCUAACAGAUUUCGCCCCCCCCCUCCCCCCCAGCCCCCCGGUACGACGGCAGCGCGGGUGGCGGGAGCGCCCCCCCCGGCACCACGGCCCCUUAGGGGUGGGGCAGGAUGACGGCCACCAGCACCCGGCACAGAGCUUCCCGUACAGGCCCCCCCCGCAGGGCCUGGAGGACCCCAGGGCCUUCCACCCCCCCGCGCUCUCCCCCCGCCUGCUGCACCCCCAGCAGCAGAGCACCAUGAUGGUGGACCUGCAUGACCAGCUACAGCAGGGCUCUGUUCCCGUCUCCUACACGGUGCCCCCCGGGCUGCCCACCCCCCUCUGCACGGGGCAGCACCUCCCCGCCUGCUCCUCCCAACAGCACCUCCCCGCCUGCUCCUCCCAACAGCAGGUCCCCGGCUGCUCGCUGCUCUUCAGUGGGCAGCAUUACCCCAUGUGCAGUGUGCCGCCGCAGGUUCUGCAGGCCUGCUCUGUCCACCACCUGCCCGUCCCCUACGGCUUCCCCUCCAUCCUGUCCGCUGAGCCGCCGUUCCUCCUGCACCCGUCGCACGUCUCGCACCACCCGGCCCACCUGCCCACCCCCGGACACAUCGUGCCCUUCCAGACGCACCAGUCCCGCUCGGCGCUGCAAAGAAUUGAGAAUGAGGUCGACCUUCUCGGAGAGCCUCUCUCAGUGGGCGGGGCCUUUGGCUACCCCCAGUCGGCACACCCCAGCAAUCUGCCCCCGUCCUCACAGAUGCCCUUCCUCUCCCACGACCCGCUGCCCCAGGAGCUGUUCGGGGUGCCGUAUCCUCACUUCAUACCUCGACGGCUCACCGGACGCCGGUACCGCUCCCAGCAGCCCCUGCCCCCGCCCCCAUACCACCCCAGCUUCCUGCCUUACUUCCUCUCCAUGCUCCCGGUGCAGCCCAGCGUGGGACCUGCCAUCAGCCUGGAGCUGGAAGUGGACGACGGAGAGGUGGAGAACUAUGAGGCCCUGCUGAACCUGGCUGAGCGGCUGGGGGAGGCCAAGCCCAGGGGCCUGACCAAGGCCGACAUCGAGCAGCUGCCUUCGUAUCGGUUCAACCCCAAUAACCACCAAUCGGAGCAGACUCUGUGCGUGGUCUGCAUGUGCGACUUCGAGUCGCGGCAGCUGCUGCGCGUCCUGCCCUGCAGCCACGAGUUCCAUGGCAAGUGCGUCGACAAGUGGCUCAAGGCCAACAGGACGUGUCCGAUAUGCCGGGCCGACGCCUCUGAGAUCCACCGGGAGUCGGACUGACCUCCCAGCACCGCCAGCUCUGCCCACACCCCAGCGUGACAGAGACUCCAAAGAUGAUUAUCAGAUACCCAGCUACCGUUCGUGUCGCCUGUCCGUUCCUCAGACGGGUUCUCCCGGUUCCGCCCGUACACUAACAUUCCCGGCCGCGUUGGCGCGAUUCCGAGAAGGCGCGGCCGAUCAGCUGGACUCCGACCGCCAGCCUCGUACCCAGCUUUUUAUACGAUGUUAGCAGAUAUAUAAAAUGUUUAUGGGGAGAGAGAGAACUUUUAUUAUAAGCGAGAAAUUUAAAGCGUAUUUUAUACACGCGAGUGGUGGUGUGAGUGGUGUUUCAGUUAGAAAACGGCGAACUGCCGUAAGAGCAUUGAACUACUGUGAGCUGUGUGUGUGUGUGUGUGUGUGUGUGUGUGUGUGUGUGUGAGCGGGUUUACCUAUACUUAUGGGGACACAAUGUCCGCAUAACGUGAUAAAUAUCAAUUUUUUUCCCUUAUGGGGACCG